AGGCACACCCUUUCUCGGACACCUCCUCCUCCAUUCUACGAGACCACCAUGGUCAGCUUCCUAGGCCUCUGCUGGGCCGUCUUCAUGGCCGCUCCACUCUCGCCUAGUCUGGCACUGCGCAUUCCGUUUCUCCGUCGUUACGAGCCGCUGAACUACGACCUAGAGCUUCUGACCAGGCAGCACCACAGUCUGAGGGCGAGGUCUGCUGAUCAAGACUCCUCCAUCUCCCUACAGUUUACUGCCAUGCACAGACCAUUUGACCUGGUGUUAGUUCCAGACACCUCGUUGUUCCAUGAGGACUUGUCUGUCAGUUCAUCUCGUGGGCCACUCCCCUCUCAUCACCUCCUCUCCUCCACCUUCACUGGAUACGACAGAAAUACCCCUGGAUCUCGUGUCCAUGGCAACCUGAUAUCAGGAGUGUUGGAUGGAACAAUUUACACCAAUGACGAGAUUUACUACAUCGAGCCCGCUCAUAGGUAUGCUAGGGACACUCAGCAUCACUCCAUCGUCUAUCGCCAUAGCGACAUAAACACCGACGCACUCCGGGGGGCACGGUGCGGAGUCAGCGAUGACCACUCCAGUCUAGUGGGGUACCUCGAGAGGAUGGGGCGGAGUAUGCUUACCCCGGGAGACAGAGUCACCCCGGAGUACCGGAGUAAGAGGCAGAGUGGGAGCAGCCUGGUGAGGUGUGACCUGAACGUGACAGGCGACUACCUCUUCUACCAAGAGGUGACCAGGGACCUGGGGAGCCUGUCUGUGAGGGAGAAAGAGGAGGUGGCCCUGUCACUGCUCGUCAGCUACGUUCAGGGGGCCAGCGAGAUUUAUAAGAGAACAGAUUUUGACAGUGAUUCCAGCACAAGUGACAACAUUCAGUUUGGUAUUAGAGAUCUCGUCAUCGAAACCACAGCCUCUCUCCCCCCAUUCGACAGCCCGUUCAUCGGGGUGGAGCGAUUUCUUCAGGAGCAUUCGCGGUCGUCCAAUUUCAGGGACACCUUCUGUCUGCAUUAUCGCUUCACUCAUCGGGAUUUCGACGGUGGAGUACUAGGUUUGGCGUAUGUGGCAAAGGAGAACUCCAGAGGAGGGAUAUGUCAGAAUGAGCUCAACACUGGGAUAGUGACAACCCUCAACUACGGCCGGAGGGUUGCUCCACAGGUCACUGUCCUCACGUUUGCUCAUGAGGUCGGCCAUAACUUUGGUUCUGAGCAUGAUCCUGAGAGUUCUGACUGUGCACCAGGAGGUAGUGGUGGGAACUUCAUCAUGUAUGCCUUUGCCACCAGCGGUAGUCAAGGCAACAACAACAGGUUUUCGACCUGCAGCAGGGAAAGUAUGAGGCUCUUCAUCAGGACGAGAGGCCAGGAGGGAGACGAUGCAUGUUUCUCUGAUGCCAGCGAUGUAUGUCAGAAUAGGGUCCUUGACGACGACGAGGCAUGUGACUGUGGCAUUGAUUUCGACCAGGACACCCAUCUCUGUAAUGAUGAUCCCUGCUGUAACGGAACUUCCUGUCAGCUAACUAACAGUGCAGCUUGCAGCCGUGGUCAAGGAGUGUGCUGUGACCCAGACACCUGUCAGUUCCUGGGAACCAGUGUAGUGUGUGCCGAUCUCACUGACUGCGGUCUCCCUUCCAACUGCACAUAUCCUCCAUACACACCUCACACACAACAUGAGUUGAACCCCUUUAAUCUGGACACCAAUGAACAGAAGAAGUGUGGUGUUAAGGGUUAAUUUGUACGCAAGAACUGUUUGUGGAGGAAGAAAAGGUGUCCUCCUUUCAGUGGUGUCCCUAGAAUUAUGCGAAUAUGACUUAGCCACACCCACAACACCUCUGUUGCUAUGGUUCCCUGACUCCACCCACUGGUUCUUCGGCUAGCUGUCCUGCGCAGGACCCGCGAGGACCCUCGGAUGGAGUUGACUACAGACUCUGCAAUAAUGGAACUGCCACCUGCUCUGGAAAUGAGUGUACGGGGUCAUUCUGUGUGGUCCUGAACGCCAGUCAAUGUUCGUGUGUGACGGAGGAAGAAGAAUGUCAUUUGUGUUGCCAGCUGGAAGACCAGGAGUGCAUGUCAACCAUAGCUCUGGCAGAAAUGGACAGUUCCUUGUUGCCUGGGGGGACAGGACUGCAGCUCCCCGUCGGUGCACCUUGCAACAACUUCAGAGGAUACUGCGAUUUUCUCAACAACUGCUUCCAGGUCGACAGUGAAGGAGCGUUGGACAGACUGACCAAUCUGUUCUCCCCCGGCAACGUGAACCAGGCCCUGGACUUUGUCCGAGACAAGUGGUGGGCGGUCCUGGCGGGAGGUGUGGGGCUCCUGAUCGGCAUCUUUGUCCUCAUCCUCAUCAUCCAUCUCGUCCUCCCUCGCCCCGAACACGUGAAGGCAAGGGCGGAGCGUCGCCAGACCAUUCUCCGGAACAGGAAUGUGGGCCGAGCCCACCCCAAUCAGGGCGGACAUGAGAUGAGGAAGUGGAAAGCUCCCCACCAGUAGCAACACUCUCUUCUCUCUCUCUCUUAUGGCUGACUGACAUAUAGCAUAUAGCUCCAUUAUAACAUGCAUUUUUAUCACGUUUUAGAGGGUGUGUGAAUAACAGACUGUGUAUAUUAUUGUAUUAUAAUGCAUUUUUGAACAUUAUGAUGGUUGAUGGUGAUAAGGAAAUAUGAUGUGAGGUCAAGAGUUCGUCUCCAAGGCAACUGCAGCCAGGAGGACGUCAAGUUCGGAGGGAGAGAGGGAGGAAUAACAUGUGACUGGACUGGCCUGGAAUUUCUCAAGAAAAGAAUCUCCAAUCAUGCGUCGGAUGUCAUCAGCCACAGUUGGUACCGCCUUCAGCAGAACGUGAAGAGCCAGAGAGGCUUGUUUCUGGCAGUCAGAGUGAGCAGUGUUUGCCAUUGCAUGGAGAAGAUGGGGAACCACUUUCAGCUGCCAGGAGAGGGGGCGGGAAGGAGUGAGGUGAUAAGGGAGAGAAGGUGAAAUGAGAUAGUGGAAACAACAAGAGAUGGGAGUUGAAGAGGGAGAAAAAACAAAGAGUGGGGAAAAGACGAAAGUUAGCAAAAAAGCUGUGAGCGAAAAAUAAGAAAAUUUGGAGGAAGAUGGUGGUAUAAUUAUAUUGCCUCACAUCAUUCAGUGUGUCUGUGAGCUCUGGACCAGUAGUGGUGAUCAGUGAACUG